GGUAGGAGUGGGCGUGGCACUGGAGCGGAGCGGCGGCACUGGUGCGCGGGAGUCGCGUCCUGUAGCUAUAGGAUCACUGGUCGCCAACACGGCUCCGGACACGUGGCUCCCGCUCCCACACACGGCCACGGUUAACGCCGCUCACACUCACACACCGCCACGGUCAACAUGAGAGGGCAGAAGGAACCGCUCCGUGUGCUAGGUAUCUUUGGCACAUUGCUUGUCACUGUCAAUGCUCUUUACUCAGCGAGUGAUGAUGUUGUAGAACUAUCCCAAAAUGACUUCAACAACGAAGUUAUUCAAAGUGAUGAACUAUGGUUGGUGGAGUUUUAUGCACCAUGGUGUGGACAUUGUCAGAGUUUGGCCCCAGAGUGGAAGAAAGCUGCAUCAGCCUUGAAGGGAAUAGUAAAAAUUGGAGCAGUAGAUGCUGACAAACAUCAAUCUCUCGGUGGGCAGUAUGGUGUUCAGGGAUUUCCAUCCAUAAAGAUCUUUGGAUUAAACAAGAAUAAACCCGAUGAUUAUAAUGGUGCAAGAUCUGCUCAAGGAAUCACUGACGCGGCUCUUAACUCUUUGCGGUCAAUUGUCCGGGAUAGACUUGGAGGCAAGAGCGGCUCAGGUUCUGGCAAAAAGAGCAGUGAUAGUAAAUCUGAUAAAAAGGCUGUGAUUGAGCUGACGGAUGAUACCUUUGACGCAAAUGUUAUCGGGAGCAGUGACAUUUGGAUGGUGGAGUUCUAUGCACCCUGGUGCGGACACUGUAAGAGGUUAGAACCAGAGUGGGCAGAGGCAGCCAUUGAGAUCAAUGAGCAGACAGGUGGGAAGGUGAAAUUGGCUGCAGUGGAUGCCACAGCUAAUCAGAUGUUGGCUGGUCGGUAUGGGGUUCGUGGCUACCCCUCCAUUAAGAUAUUUCACAAAGAUGAAGAUGCCCCAGUUGACUAUGAAGGUGGAAGAUCAAAAAGUGAUUUUGUUGCUCGUGCUCUUGAGAUGUUUGCUGAAAGUUCCCCAGCUCCAGAACUGCAAGAGAUUACUGAUGAGGAUGUACUAAAGAAGACAUGUGAUGAUCAUCAACUAUGUGUUGUUGCUGUAUUACCACAUAUCUUGGAUACUGGGGCUUUUGGGAGGAAUGAUUAUUUGAAAAUUAUGGAGGCUAUGGCCAACAAAUACAAGAAGAAGUUCUGGGGUUGGCUGUGGACUGAGGGAGGAGCGCAGACAGAACUUGAAGAUUCUUUGGGUAUUGGUGGAUUUGGUUACCCAGCUAUGGCUGCAAUUAAUGCCAGGAAAAUGAAGUACGCUCUGCUGAAGGGCUCCUUUAGUGAACAGGGCAUCAACGAGUUUCUUAGGGAGCUGUCAUAUGGGAGAGGUUCGACUUCUCCUGUCAAAGGAGCUGCUUUCCCCAAUAUUAACAUGGUGGAUCCAUGGGAUGGCAAAGAUGGUCAGUUACCAAUAGAAGAAGACAUUGAUUUAAGUGAUGUAGAUCUUGAACAUGAUAACAAAGAUGAGCUGUGAAUUAAUGGCAUUCCCGUUCAUUGGCAGACAGCAUCCUUUAUCUGAAGUAUUGGACUGAUCAUCUGUCUGCACCAAAGCCUUAUUUGAUCUUUCUGGCUUGCUGUAUUUCUACUGUAUCGUGUAAAUAAGUUUCACUGGGAUUUUUCUAUUAAAAAGAGAAAAUUGAAUGUUACGUUUCAAAAUUUUUACAUAAACUCAUUUAAUAGACCGGUCAAGUUGCCAUUUAUUGUACAUUGUUACACUUCACUGACUAUUUAAAUGGAUUAUUUGGUCUCUUUUGAGGGGUGGGAUGUGGUGUAAACCUUCAAAUGUAUUUUUGACAUUCUUGCAUGUAUUUGAACAAUUAUUAUUCCAAAGAAUGUGAUCUGUUCUACAUAGGACAAGUAAAAUCAUGGUGAUUUAGCCAUUAACUGGGAUUGAGCAUUUGGAACUUGGAUACUUAUUACAUUUUGUUGAAGGUGGUGUGUAUGAAAUAAAUUGAUGCUUCUAAGAGCUGAAGCAAGUUUGAUAGUAAA